AUGCUGUCGGGUGUACCUGGAGGGCCGCGUGUCGGCGAGCAGGCUAGACAUGAAAGGCGGCUGCCUCCUGCUGCACUCUAUGCAUCUCCUGAGAAAUCGACAGCUAUUUCAGCCUCAGCGGAAGAGGAAAAUGGCACUUUUGGAUUCCCCUAUGCGCCGUAUGCGCCGCAGCGGCAGUUCAUGGCCACACUCUGGGGGGCCCUCGAGGGGGGGGGCCCCCAGGGGACGAAAUUCGCAGCGCUCGAGAUGCCUACGGGUGGGGGGAAGAGUCUCGCCUUGCUCUGCCCCUCCGUCCUGUGGCUGAAGCGCAACGAGGAGGAGCUGCUCCUGCAGCAGCUUCGGCAGCGGUCUGCAGCAGGAGGUGCUGUGGCAGGUGCAUCUGCAGCACCGCCCUCCAAAACAGCUCCGCCCCCUUGGAUUAAAAAGGCGCUGCAGCAGCAGCAGCGGCAGGAGGUAGGCCAGUUCUUGGUCGAUAGAGAAGAGCGACUCAGACAAGCCGCCGAGCGGGCAGUGGCUGGUGCCUCUGCUGCUGCACGGCGUUCGCAGAAUCCACCCGAAGAAGAUGAUGACGAAGAUUCGUUUGCACCCGAAGAACGCGGCGCUUCAGCGGAGGGGCAAGCCACGCAUCUUGGCUGUGCAGACGCUUUCCAAGCGUCUCCGGAGGCUUUCUCGCGUGGGAAGGCGGAAAAGCCUCAAGAACGCCUCCGCAAGCCCCAAGUCUUGAUUUGCACGAGGACGCAUCAGCAGCUGCAGCAGUACGUCGGAGAGGUGCGGCUGUUGCAGCUGCAUGCGAAGCAGACGGAGCUGAAGCGUUUCGUCGCUGUUGUCGCGGCGGGGAGGCAGCAGCUCUGCAUUCAUCCGGACGUCUGCGGAGCAGCGGGAGCAGCAGCGACAGCGCACACACCUGCCGCUAGCAGCGCAGACAUGGGGGAUAAGUGUGCCUACUUGGUGUCUCGAGGACUGUGCAGCUUCUACAAACAGCGCGAGAAGGUUGUCGACGCUGCACUUGCUGCUCCCUUGGAUAUCGAAGAUCUUCGCCGCACAGGCGUCUGCGUGGGGGGCUGUCCGUAUUACGCCUGUCGCCACGCAGCGGCACACGCCGACGUCGUGCUCAUGCCUUUCUCUCUAGCCUUUCCGCCUCCAGGAGAGACUGUGGAGACGCUUCCUCUCUCGCUCGUUGACUCCGUCUUGUGUGUCGACGAGGCUCACCACCUUGCGGACGCCCUCGCCAGCAGCAAGGCAGCUACGCUGACUCACCGCUCUGCGCAUGCAGCCUCCCUCCUCCUCCAUCUGUACAUUCAGCAGUACAUGCAGCGACUCUCCCCCCGCAGCCACCAUCUCCUGCAGCAGCUCAAGAGGCUUGCGGAGCACCUCGUUAAAGGACUCAACUCGUUCUGCUGCUGUUGCAAAGUCGUGCUGACACCCACCGCGUUUUUGCGGCUUUUCAAACUUGAAGGCUUCGACUUCCACGAGCUCAUCGCCUUUCUCUCGGACGGAAGGCGAGCCAUCUGCCAGAAAACAAGAGGGUUCGCAUCGCAUCGCAAUCACAAACGCCAGCAGGAAGAGAUACAGCACCAACGUGAAAUGCUAGAGGCGUCAUGCAUAUACCACUUGAAGAGCUUGCUUUGCGCGCUGCUGGGAAUGGAUCCAGCAGAUCGCAUCCUCAUCAGAAAUGACCACCGACCAGGGGGUAGUCGAGGUGCUGCUAAAGCUUGUCAGGAUAGAAGGGGGGGUAGUCAUGCUGCAUCUGCAUCCGUUGCCGCCACAUCUCAAGUACCAGCACCAGAAGUUGCGACACCAGGCGCAACCACUUGCUGCUGCUGCAAAGUCGAGGUUGUUUGCGUGGCUGCAGAGAAAGCCUUUGAGCCUAUAUUGAACGCGAGUCGUUUGGUGGUUGUCAUGGGAGGAACCUUGUCGCCCUUUGCGUCUCUAUUGCGCUUCACACGGAGUUUAGCUCCUUCCCAAAGCGUCUUCUUUUCUGCGAAUCCAGUGGCUAGCAAGAAUAGAGUCUUGGGCCUAGUGAUCUCGAAGGUGGCUGAUUCGCCUCCGUUCUGCUUUGAGUACAUGCAGCGGCAUGCAUUAUCCCUCCAGUUUGUUGGACUGCUACGCCUGCUACACGAUGCCUCGGCUGCUGUUCGUGGUGGGGUUGUUGUAUUUUUUCCGUCCUUUGCUGUCCUUCAGUCUUUCCUGGCUUUCGCAAUCGCCGCCACCUCCCCCCCUGCAGGAAUUGCGAGGGAAGCGUUGGCGGCAGCGGGACCGCUCAUCGCAGAGCUGAAGAAAAGAGGUCGAUUCUUUGCGGAGAAACGCUCUCCUACCCCUUCAACGACAGAAGGAGGCACGUUGCUUCUCGCCUCCGGGUUGCUCUCUGCAGGGAUUUGUAUGGCGCACGGGGGGACGCUGUGGCACCUUUACAAGAUGGCAGUUUCGGGGGGAGGUGCUGCAGAGGGUGGCAACGACGGUGGAAAGCGGAGGAGGCGAGUGGAGGAAUUAGGAGGUUCUUGCACGAUUUCUCUGGGGGCUUCGAAGGAUUCUCUAGGUCAAGGUGACCCUUUUGAGAGUUCGCCUUCCCAGCCUCAAACCACCUUCCUUUUUUGCGUCAUGGGAGGCAGAUUUAGUGAAGGAGUCAAUUUUGCAGACGCACUUGCGCGGCUCGUUGUUAUCGUGGGUUUGCCCUUUCCCUCCAUCAAGGAUACCGUCUUUACUCUGCACAGGCAGCAUUACGAGGAUCUCAUGUUGCAGCAGCGGCAGCAGGGUGCAGCAGGCGGAGGAAGGGCCGCGUCGGGCAGUGACACCGACGCGGCACAAAUGCAGGCAUCCCCACAACAGCAGAACGUCGACUACGCCUUGUUGCAGUGCAUGAUAACUGUGAACCAGACAAUAGGGCGCGCUAUUCGCCAUAGCAAAGAUUUUGCGGCCAUCCUUCUCGUGGAUCGGCGCUACGAUGAGCCUCGCAUUCAACGGCUGCUACCGCGUUGGCUGCUCGAGAGCCUCGAGAGGACGGUUCCCCCACUGGGGCUUCAAGGCACCUCCCAACACGGGUUAUUCGCUGGUGCAACUCGGCAACAAGAGGAGGAAGGAGACGUCAUAGCUCAACGCCUUAGGAGAUUCUUUGAGGCACUUGAAAAGGGUGCCGAAUAG